CCGUGCAGAGCGCGCCGGGGGCAUGGCCCGGGGUGAGCGGUCAGGCCGAGCUCCGGGCUGGGGGCGCGCGCCGCCCGAGCUCUGAGCCGUGCGCUCGGGCAGCCCCGACGUCACCGCGGGCCUCCGGCGCGAGGUAUUUACCUUCGAAAAGUGGUGGCGGCUGCAGGUACCGGAGGGAGGAGCGGCCAGAGGGGCGGGUGUGCUGGGCGCCCACUCGAGCUGCCUCACUUGUACUUCUCACAGACCAACAAACGGGCCCAGGUUUUCUCCCCAGCAAGCCUUUCCCCUAGGCUUAGCCUUACCGCGGCUUCCCUCGAUUCCAGUCUCUCGUUAGGCUUUGAGUCACUGAGUUUGUGCCCCAGGUACUUUUUCAUCCCGGAGUAUUUUAACCCUAAAUAUCCGGCCCGGCGUGGCGGUGCACGCCUGUAAUCCCAGCACUCUGGGAGGCAGAGGCAGGUGGCUGAGUUCGAGGCCAGCCCAAGCCCUCACCACUACCCUGGUCCUCACUGCCAUCGCCUUUCUGCUCAGUCUGGGUUUAGGCCCCGUGUAUCUGAAGACAUGGAGUUUGUGUCCGGAUACAGAGACGAGUUCCUUGAUUUCGCUGCUCUUCUCUUCGGCUGGUUCCGCAAGUUCGUGGCAGAGAGGGGGACGCUGGGAACCAGCCUUGAGGGCCGAUGGCGUCAACUGGAGGCUCAGAUAAGGAGGCUGCCUCAGGACCCUGCCCUCUGGGUGCUCCACGUCUUGCCAAACCGUAGCGUGGGCAUCAGCCUAGGGCAGGGUGCAGAGCAAGGCCCUGGGCCGGGCCUCGGGGCUUCCAGGCUCCUGGGAGACGAGCCUCCGCUCCACCUGAGAGACCUGAGCCCUUACGUCAGCUUUGUCAGCCUGGAGGAUGGGGAAGAAGGGGAGGAGGAGGAGCACGGAGAGGAGAGCCCCAGCGCAGAGAAGGGGGAAGCACAGGAGGGUGGGGAGCCAGCCCCUCCAAGCAAGGAAUCCCCCCAAGAAGCAAAGGCACCUGCCGAGUCCGAGGUGGCUCAGCAGGAGGCCAGCUGCGAGGAUGGCUGCAGAGAGGACCGAGGAGAGGACGAGAGGGUGCCCGAGAAAAGGAAAGGCCGGAAGAGCGAGGCUGCCCCCCUGCACCUCUCCUGCCUUUUGCUGGUGACAGAUGAACACGGCACCAUCUUGGGCAUUGACCUGCUAAUGGACGGAGCCCAGGGGAGUGUGGCCCAGGGCCCCGGGAUGGAGAACCUGGCCCCUCGGGCCUAUGCGCUCCUGUGUCAUAGCAUGGCCUGCCCUAUGGGCUCCGGGGACCCCCGAAAGCCCCGGCAGCUCACUGUAGGAGACGUCCAUCUGCACCGAGAGCUGGAGAGCCUGGUCCCAAGGCUGGGCGUGAAGUUAGCGAAGACCCCGAUGCGGACGUGGGGGCCCCGGCCAGGCUUCACUUUUGCCUCCCUUCGGGCUAGAACUUGCCAUGUUUGUCACAAGCACAGCUUUGAAGUGAAGUUGACGCCCUGCCCCCAGUGUGGUGCUGUCCUGUACUGUGGAGAGGCCUGUCUCCAGGCUGACUGGCGCCGAUGCCCGGAUGACGUGAGCCACCGAUUCUGGUGCCCGAGGCUUGCAGCUUUCAUGGAGCGGGCGGGAGAACUGGCAAGCUUGCCUUUCACCUACACGGCAGAGGUGACCAGUGAAACCUUCAACAAGGAGGCUUUUCUGGCCUCUCGGGGCCUCACGCGUGGCUACUGGACCCAGCUCAGCAUGCUGAUUCCAGGGCCUGGCGCCCCCAGGAACCCCUGGAGCAGCGCACCAGCCCUCAACGGAGACCCUUACCAGCUUCUCCAGGGGGAUGGGCCUGCCUUGAUGCCUCCGGUGCCCCUGGAGCCACCCCGGAGCCUCUUUGGCUCCUGGAGGGACUACUACGCCUGGCGCGGCCUCGGCCUGGACUCGCCCAUGGCGGUGCUGCUCACCUACCCGCUGACUGUAUAUUACGUCAUCACCCACCUCGUGCCCCAGUCCUUCCCUGAACUCAACAUCCAGAACAAACAGUCACUGAAGAUCCACGUGGUGGAGGCUGGGAAGGAAUUUGACCUCGUCAUGGUAUUCUGGGAGCUCUUGGUCCUUCUGCCACACGUGGCCCUGGAGCUGCAGUUUGUGGGUGACAGCCUGCCACCUGAGAGCGACCAGCAGCAUUUUACCAUGCAGAGGGACGGCCCUGACGCCUCUGUGCGGCCCGCUUCUGGAGUCUCGCGGCUGAGCUCUGGAACGAAGGAGAAGGGAGGCCGAAGGGAUCUGCAAAUCCGGGUGUCCACCAGGCCCUAUCACCUGCUCCAGGGACCCAAGCCGGACCUGGUUAUCGUCACUCCGAGUGCCAGCCUUCUUCACCGAGAGCAGCGAGUACGGCUGCGUGAUGGACGACCAGACCAUGGCGGUGGCCACAGGCGGGGGUACCAGCUCGCCACAGCCCAACCCCUUCCGCUCCCCGUUCCGCCUCCGAGCGGCCGACAACUGCAUGCCGUGGUAAGGGCCGGCGGCCGCCUGUCUGCAGAGCCUGACGGGUCCCGAAGGCCCUCUAUCCCCGCCCCGCGCUCUGGACACCCCUCAGGACCACCUUCCAGACCCGGCUCACGUCUCUCCCCGCCCUCUCCCGUCCUGGGCAUCGAACCCCGUGUCGGGCGCGGUGGCGGGUCCCACCCCACACGUGCACACACCCGCCCCGUUGCUUUUGAGGGCCCCGAGCCGGCUGGACCCCGCGCCCUGGCCCUGACCGCGCCCUCACUGCCGCAGCUGAUCACUGGUCAUUGUGGGGAAGAGAUACGGCUUGGUUCGCGGUGACUUUCUCCCUUUCCAUCGACGCCAGCAGAGAGGGGGUGUCCAGCCUUCCUGGGUAAUCCCAGCAUCCUCUCCCGCUGGCGUCGUUUCUCCAGCCUGGGGGCACCCCAGUCCCCCGCCGGACAGCGACAGACCAAACAGCAGAAGGCGGCCUCCCUCAGCGGGCCUGGGAGCACAGCCUCCCUUCCCCACCCCGCACCCAGACCGCAGACCUGCCAGCACCCCAGGGACUGCUUUCUUACAGCCCGAGAGCAGCUUGGAGUGAGCUCUGCUAGGUGGGAGUGGGGAGUGUUAGGGCCGCGGGGACCAGCGGAUGGGUACGGCAGGGUCCCGCCGACCCAGCCUGGCCCACAAGCCGGCCUCACGGCUGCAGGCGGGUGCACACCCAGAGCUCCCUGCACAUCUGCCCAAGAACUUCCCAAGCCAGGGGUGGUGGCUGACUCCUGCAACCCAGCACUCUGAGACAGGAGGAUUCCCUGCAGUUCAAGACAACCUGUGCUACA